AUGCCAAAGAGCAAGGGUAAGGGAGGAAAGAACAGAAGAAGAGGAAAGAACAUCAAUGAGGGCCAGAAGCGCGAAUUGAUCUACAAGGAAGAAGGUCAAGAGUAUGCACAAAUUACCAAGAUGCUGGGUAAUGGUCGUGUUGAGGCAUCUUGCUUUGACGGAAUCAAGAGAAUGGCACAUAUCAGAGGAAAAUUGAGAAAGAAGGUUUGGAUGGCCCAAGGUGACAUCAUCCUCGUUUCUCUGAGAGAUUUUCAAGAUGACCAGUGCGAUGUUGUUCACAAAUACAAUGCCGAUGAGGCCAGAGCUUUAAAAUCUGCUGGUGAACUUCCAGAGAGCGCUAAAAUCAACGAAACCGACACGUUUGGUCAAGACGAAGACGAGGACGUCAACUUCGAGUUCGGUGCUGCCGACAGCGACAGUGACGAGGACGAGCUUGACAUUGACGACAUUUGA